AUGGAGGAUGAUUACGAAUGGGUGGUCAAUGAGAAACUGUCAACGAGAUACAACACAAGUGGGAUCUAUAGGAAGCUGAGAGAUAGUGAAGAGGAGGUACCUUGGGCGCCGAUCAUUUGGACUGCAGGAGGAAUUCCACACCACAACUUUCUAACUUGGCUAUUUGUGCUUGAUGAUUGCCCUACUAGGGAUCGAAUCAUAAGCUGGGGACUCCAGUCAUACUCGGUUUGCCUUCUCUGUAAUCACACGGCAGAAUCAAGGGACCACUUGUUCUAUCUCUGCCCCUACAGUUGGUCAAUUUGGUUAGAAAUUUCUAGAAGAUGUCAACUACAACCGUACAGACACUGGGAUCAAUCUGUGAUUCAAUUGCAGUCUCUCCAAGGAAACAAAACAAUGAAGCGUCUCACUUUGCUUUGUUGGCAAUCAGCAAUAUACUGGAUAUGGCAAGAGAGAAAUAAGAGGCUCCACAACAAUCAAUUCCGCGCCCCGGAUGCGAUCAUUCGCCUUAUCACUUGCCAGAUCACGGAUCGUAUAAGCAGCUACCGACUCAAAUCUCUGAUCGCAUCAUCGAGGUACAUGCAGUUUUGGCUCUCGACAGAAACAUAA